AUGAAAAAAUCAGUUAAAGUUGCCAUUGUCGGUGCAGGUGUCUCAGGUUUGAAAGCUGCCGAAACAUUAAUCUCAUCCGGCAAAAUAGGUAAAGAUGAACUUGUUGUUUUAGAAGCGCAGGAUCAUAUAGGAGGUCGUAUCCAAGAUUCUCAUCUCAACCAAUCCAAGCUCGGAAUCCCCUAUGCUCUUGGGGCAUUGUGGUAUCACGAUUCAUUGGUAAAUAGCGUGCUACACGAGUUACUCGACGCGGGAUUGUUGAACGAUGAUGAUGUCUACUACGACGACAAAGAUGGUCCAGCGUACACAAGUGAUGGAUUAUUGGAUGUGUCAGGGAUAAAGCUAAACAGGGUAAUGGAAGAGGUUGGUCAAUUCUUUGGUUUGUAUUUCAAGAAAAAUCACUCUGAUGCUUCAUGUGAUCAAGUGGUUCAGGAAUAUGUCAAUAAACAUCUGCAUUUUCUUACACCCGAACAAAAGAAGUAUAUCAGAAGAACAAUGAGAUACUUUGAGCUUUGGUAUGGUGUGCCUGCCGAGAAAGCCAAUGGCAAAAUGGCGAUGGAGAGUCAUACUGGACGUAAUUUGUUGAAUAAAAAGGGAUACACAUUUCUCAUUGAGUUAUUGAAGGAGAAGAUCCCAGAAUCAUGUAUCCUUUUUAACGAGGGGGUAAGAUUUGUUAAUCAACUUGAAAAUUCCAAGAAGAAAGUAGAAGUGGAAACGAAAUCAGGCUUAAAAGUCGAGGCGGAUUAUUUGAUUGUGACUGUUCCAUUGUCAAUUUUGAAGUUGAAAGAAGAUGAUGACUAUGGAAUAAAAUGGACUCCUUCGUUGCCCUCUCAAACGCUGGAUUAUAUAAACACUGUUGAUUUUGCUGCUUUAGGUAAGGUGAUUUUCGAAUUCAACAAUGUAUGGUGGAACGAAAACGAGGAUCACUUUUUGAUUUUCCCAGAUCAAAUUGAUUCCAGUGACUGGUUUAGAUCUGAUGGUACACCAAGACCAUUUUCGUUUCCUGCAUUGGCUGUCAAUUACUCUAGAUUGUACAAUAAAGGUGGAAGUUUGGUGAUUCUCACGCCAGCACCAUUGACUGAAUAUCUUGAGUCACACCCAGAUCAGUCCUGGACUUAUUUUAAGCCAAUGCUUGAAAAAAUUGCAACCAAGCCGGUGCAAGAUCCUAUAAGUACAAUAACUUCUCAAUGGACUACAAACCCGUAUAUUAGGGGCUCAUAUAGUGUGUUGCUCACAAAAAUAGAUGCCAAGCACUCAAGCUCUGGCGAGCCAGAGGGGGUGGAACUUGGAAAUGCGGUUAUUAGAUUUGCGGGUGAACAUACCAUUGCCGAAGGUGCUGGGUGUGUUCAUGGUGCUUACGACAGCGGUAAAAGGGAGGCUAACUGGGUGUUGAAUGCAUUAAAAGGUAAUUAA